AUGAUUCAAGAAUUUUAUCCUUUCUUUAAUCAAGAAUUUGCUCAAAUUGGUUUAAUGUCAUUACCUGCAAGACUGCCACAAAGACUGACUGUUUCUGUAACUGAAAAGAUUUUUGGAAAUUCUGAUUUGGGGUAA